AUGAUUUUUAACCUCCUUAAGCCACUGGAGGCUGCCCUAGCUGUUAAUAAAAAAAAAGAAGUUGAUACCAGUAAGAAGAUUAGACAAACCUUUCUUCAAACAAAAAUGUUCUUAAAAGAACAUAGAGAAAUUUUGGUUACCAGGGCCGACAAGGGUGGCGCCACCGUUGUUAUUAAUAAAACAGACUAUAUUAACAAGGUUGAGAGAGCACUCGGUGACAGUAUGUAUUACCAUCGGCUCGAUAGUCAAAAAAGAGCUAACCAUCUCACUCGUAUCAUCAAUUCCACAAAAAAACUGGUCGAUGUAUGGGAUAAUAGAGGUGUCUUUGAUACCGUUGAGAUUGACCGGCCUGAUGUCAAUCAACUGAGUGGUUGUAACUUGGCCAAAGCGUAUGGCCUUAUUAAGGUACACAAGCCUGGGCUCCCCGUGAGAAUCAUUGUUUCCGCUAUUGGUUCUCCAACCUAUACACUCGACAAAUGGUUUUCGAAAUUUUUCAAUAAGUUUUACAAAAGAUCACCCAGUUCCUUAAAAAAUUCGUAUGAUCUAAAAUCAACGCUGAGGGAUCUCAUUGUUCCACAUAACUAUCUAUUGGUCUCUUUUGAUGUGGUUUACCUUUACUCAAACCUUCCCUUCUCUCUCAUCAAAAAAAGUGUUGAGGAGAAGAUUGGGCGUAUUCUUGACAGCAUGCAUCUAGACAGAAAAGAAUUUCUAGAUGGUUUAGACUUCCUAAUCAACUCCAACUAUUUCACUUUCAACAAUCAUACGUACAAACAGACAUGUGGUACUCCCAUGGGUGGAUGUACAUCUCCUUGGAUUGCAGAAAUCGUUUUGGAGUCCCUGGAGAAAUCCGUGUUGCCGAGAUGUAGAGAUUCUUGCUUGAUGUAUAGGAGAUACGUGGAUGACUGUCUCUUGAUCAUCCGAUCGGACAGUGUUGACACUGUUUUGGCAAUUUUUAAUGAUUUCAACCCUUUUAUACAGUUCACGGUUGAACGUGAAGACAACGGCGUCAUUCCGUUUCUUGACGUCACCAUCACUCGUAUCGCAGAUUCCCAGAUCCGAAGUUUAGGUCGCGGAACAUCGAUCGAGCGANCCAAUAGCGGAAACAAUGAUUCUCACGGGGAGCCCAGGCUUGUGUACCUUAAUAAGGCCAUACGCUUUGGCCAAGUUACAACCACUCAGUUGAUUGACAUCAGGCCGGUCAAUCUCAACGGUAUCAAAGACACCCCUAUUAUCCCAUACAUCGACCAGUUUUUUUGUAGAAUUGAUAAUACGA